GGUAUUAAACAUCCUAGCAGGUAGCUGUAGAUGGCGGUUAUUGCUGAGGUAAUAUUCCCAUGACAAAAGACGGAUUCAUUCGAGACGAACUCUGCACCAGGUAGCGCCUCGUAGACCCGAAACAUGUGCUGCGGCUGCUGCAAACUGCUGGGACAAAUCUGGAAGCACACGCCGUGCUGCAUCAAGUGUCUGCUGCAAUUUGGCGGCUGCGUUCUGCUGAUCAGCAUCGUCAGCGUCAUCGUCGGCGCCGUGCUGUUGGCCUUGUAUGACUCCGAGGACGAGUCGCAGAGGUCGCUUAUGAUCGCGGGAGCGGUGAUGGUCAGUAUCGGCUGUCUGCUCAUCCUCCUCAGUAUCGCUGGCUUAGUCGUCAUGUACCGAAAGAUGGAGGAACUUAGGAAGAAGCGCCGGGGACAGGCGAAUGGUACGUAUGUAAUGCCACCGAUAAAGCUCGUGCCGGGUUCGUAUCCCGUACAGCCACAAGCGUUGCCGCCGCAAGAAACGGCGGAAGCUCAAGCCGUAACCACGGAUUUAAUCUAUCCGCCACCUACGCUAUACGUCACCGAUAAACCGAUACCACCCGCACCAAAAUACCGAAACCAGGCACCAGCGCCACCUACCGGUACCGGCGAGCAUAAUUCAGGUUAUGAGGCCGGUGUCACAGCGUCGGUACCUGUGAUGGCGGAUACGAUGGACGACGAGCAGGUUGGAGAGGCCAGUAGCGUUGCAGCGCAACAUACCUAUACAAGCGGUUACGACAAUGUGACAUUUGAACACGAAGACGAAGGCGCCGCGCCAUCUAGCGAACUUGAAAAGCACGAUAGUUUUAAGGAUCCACCUACAAGAUUGUAUAGAACGGAGCUGUGAUGCAAAUAGAACUGUGAUCGCAUUUACACACACAAAAUCGCUGGAAAGUCGUAAUUAUAUAGUGCUAGAUAUCCAGAUUCUUAUCGGAAAUUAAUAUAGUUUUGUGAUAUUUUCUUUAUUUUGUAAUUCAUUUGCGUAGUUAUAAGCCUGUGUUCCGCUGUACGAUAGCGCUGUGGGACAAGGAUGAGAUUGAGAGUCGAGUGCGACGACGCACAGAGCGUACGGGGAUGACGUUGUGUUGUUGUGCUAUCAUUGUGUUUUGUUUGACGUGUGUGUCGCGUUGUUAUAUGCCUAACAGUUAUUUCCAAUAUAUGAUUUAUCAUAGAUAUAUAUACCAACCAAUUGGUUGGUAUAUAUAUCUAUGGAUUUAUGUAACUAUAAAGUAUAACUAAAGCUCUCGUCAAGUCGUUUGACUCGUGAGUUUGUCCCUGGCCCUGAACCAUGUACCUGGGAAAGAGAAUCCCAUGGGAUGAUCACAAGUUUCAAAUUUGUAAGAUUAUUAUAUUAAAUU